AUGUUGAAAAUAUCCAACAUCUCCCUCCACCACUGUGCAUGGCUCACCCUCAUGAUCCUCCUUCAGCUUCUCAUCACCCUCUUCCUCAACGGCUCCUUGCAUUCCCUCUUUCUCCACUCGGAAUCCACCGCCGCCGCCUGCAAACUCGGCCGGAUUUACGUCUACGACCUCCCCCCAAUCCUCAACAAAGACCUCCUCCACAACUACCACGCCGGCCUCGGCCCCCCCGCCGCCGGCCUCGACGCAGCCGUCCCUCUCAACCUCGCCGCCGCCUGGCACUGGACCGACAUGUACGCCGCCGAAGUCAUCUACCACGACCGCAUCAACAACUACCGCUGCACCACCUCCGACCCCGCCCAAGCCGCCGCCUUCUACAUCCCCUUCUACGCCGGCCUCGCCGUCCGGAACUACCUCUUCUCCAACUCCACCGCCAAGGACCGCGACCACCACGCCGCCGCCAUGCUCAAUUGGGUCAAAAACCAACCCGCUUGGCGCAACUCAAACGGGUCGGAUCAUUUCCUCAUGCUCGGGCGCCUCACGUGGGCUUUCCGCCGCCUCACCGACGACGACACCGAGUGGGGCUCGAGCCUCCUCUACAUGCCGCUGAUGAAGAACGUCCUCCGCCUCACCGUCGAGAGAUUCCGGUGGGACGAGCUCGAGUUCAGCGUGCCCUACCCGACCGCAUUCCACCCGAGAUCCGAAUCCGAUAUCCGCCAGUGGCAGGCCUGGAUCCGGGCCAGGAAAAGGCCCACUCUCUUUACAUUUGUCGGGGCGACCCGGGAAAAGAUCCGGAACGACUUCCGGAGCGUCCUCAUGGAGUAUUGUACUAAGAAAGAAACGACGUCGUGUCGCGUCGUGGAUUGCUGGAAGACGCCUUGCUCUGAUGGAGCUCCGGCUAUACUCGAGGCGUUUCUCGGGUCGGAUUUUUGCUUACAACCAAAAGGAGACGGAUUGACCCGGAGAUCCGCCUUCGAUUGCAUGUUGGCCGGUUCGAUCCCGGUUUAUUUUUGGAGGGGGAGCUUUGAGUAUCAAUAUGAGUGGCAUUUGCCUAAAAAUGCCUCUGAAUACUCAAUAUUCAUCGAUAAUGAUAUUGUGAGAAAUGAUACGUCCAUUAUUAAACGAACCUUAGAGAAAUAUAGCAAGGAGGAGGUGAAGAGGAUGAGAGAAACUAUCAUUGAAUUUUUGCCAAAAUUGUUGUAUUCCAAGUCCAAUGCCAAUCUAGGUGGAAUUGAAGAUGCUUUCGACAUUGCCAUGGAUGGAGUCUUGAAAAGGUUUGAGCAACAAAGAAGAUUAAUGGAUGCCUCCAAAGAAAACAAACAAGAUUAA